AUGAAUCGCAUCGUUACAGCGAGGUUUUUACUUAAGCCUUGCACUGCUCGAUUUCUGGGUUUCUGUAAAUGGACGAGAGAAUAUUCCAUCAACAUCCUGGGCCGAAAGUUUAUCAAUGUAAGCGAAGAAGUUAAUACUGCUCUUAACGAGGGUCAACCGAUUGUGGCCUUGGAAUCUACGAUAUAUACCCACGGCUGGCCAAAUCCAGACAACCUUCGGCUAGCUUUACACCUUAAGGACUUAGUUCGCUCACAUGGAGCUAUCCCAGCCACUGUCGGGGUUGUCAAUGGAGUUGCAACUGUUGGACUCAGCGACGAGGAGUUAACUAUUCUAUGUGGCGCGGCUGCCAAGCCAGAUACUAUGAAGAUAUCUAGACGGGACCUACCUUAUAUUCUCGGAAUGGGCAUUGCAGGACGUCUAAUCCAUGGCGGGACAACUGUUUCAAGCACCAUGAUAUUAGCUCACUGGGCUGGAAUACGUGUUUUCGCAACUGGUGGUAUCGGCGGUGUUCACCGUGGAGGACAGGACUCUAUGGAUGUAUCAGCUGAUCUCACCGAACUAGGCCGAACUCCAAUUGCAGUCGUCUGUAGUGGCUGUAAGAGCUUUUUGGAUAUACCACGUACACUUGAAUUCCUUGAAACACAAGGAACUAUGGUAGCCACCUUUUCACAAGGCCGAAUCGGUGACGUGGAAUUCCCGGCAUUCUACGCGCGAGAGAGCGGAGUGAAGAGCCCAAUGGUAGUUCAGGACUUUAGAGAAGCUGCCGCAAUUGUGCUCGCCCAAACCAGAAUGGGUAUCACAAGUAACCUAAAUUUCAAUAGUGGAACACUUUUUGCCAAUCCUAUUCCAGAAGAAUUUUCAAUCCCGAAAGCAGAAAUCAGCGAGGCAAUAAAUCAAGCUGUACAAGAAGCAAGUGAAAGAGGCUUUCACGGACAUGCAAACACUCCAUUUAUUUUGGCACGAAUCAAGGAUAUUACCAAUGGUCGCAGCUUACCGGCAAACCGUUCUCUCAUCGAAUCAAAUGUACAAACAGCUGCGAAGCUAGCAGCUCAUCUAGCAUCGUUACUUGACCAGGACAAAGACUUGAAUAUUCCUGCACAUAGGACAGGUUUUACAAAAAAAGUCUCCAAAAUCGAUUCUAUGUUAACUUCGGCCUCCCUCGAAAGGAAAGUUAAUGAAGAUGACUCACUUGCGACCGGGGAUUGCAACCCUUCAUCGAAGAAAACAAAUGACAUCACUAGGCCUAGAACGGAAAAUGUCUACAAGAAGGAUUCAAACAGAAUCAUUUCAAGUGAUCCGGGCAUCAUGAAAACUAGGAAUGCAUCUGAAUCAGAACCUGAAACCCCUAUAACGGCCGAAGUCAUCGUCUUCGGAGCUAUAGCGAUUGACUCAUCUUGCGACUUAUUACCAAUUCCCGGCGCGAAUUCCAACACGAACCUGCAGCCUACAAUGCAUACUUCAAAUGUUGCUCGAAUAAGGAAUAGUAUUGGCGGGGUAGGUCAUAAUGUAGCAGUGGCGGCUCACAAAGUUAGCGGAGAUCAACGUAUCAGACUCUGCAGUUUCGUUGCAGAUGAUUCAGCUGGCCGGUCAGUAAUAAGUCAACUUCAAUCUAAAAAUAUUGAUACUACUGGUAUUCUUGUCAUUCCGACCACAGCUUAUAGGUCCAAGGUUAAAAUCCAGAAUCGUACUGCUCAAUAUAUCGCCGUUAAUGAUGGCAAAAAAGACUUAGUUGUGGGUAUGGGUGAUAUGGAAAUAUUCAAACAAAACUCGCACCGGUUAGGUUUCAAUAUUCCAAGCUUCACUAAAUGGGUAGUGAUCGAUGCCAAUUGGGAUCCGGCACAAAUUCGCGAAUUCAUGUAUACAAUUCGCGCUCGAAACCCCUGGGUUAAAAUUGCUUUUGAGCCAGUUAGUCAGAAGAAAGGUGCGGAUAUCUUGCGAAAAGCAAAUAAUCCAACUCAAGAUGAGGGGGGAUUGUCUCUGGCGUUGAAAGUAUUCCCCAAACAUCUCAUUGACCUUUCAACACCGAACAUAGAUGAGUUAGAUCAAAUGUAUCGUGCUGCAGUAGAGGAAGGCUAUUUGGAGACUAAUGACUAUUGGUCUGUUCUUGAUGGAUUUGGAAUAUCUGGUGCACAGACUCAAGAGAAAUUACAAGCGAUUGUAGGGAAGAAGCUCACAGAUCAGGGCCUUCCCCAAAAAUCUAUUAAGCUCUUACCAUACAUACCAAUGCUUCUCACUAAAUUAGGUCCAGAAGGAGUUCUUCUUACUGAACUAUUAAUGGUUGAUGAUUCAAGGUUAAAAGACCCAGAGCAUGCCCGAUGGAUUUUCGGCCGCACAACCAAAUGCCACUUAAAUAUUGGCGGUGUAUACUUGCGGUUAUUUCCAGCAGCUGAUAAGGUUGAUCCCGCAGAUAUUGUGAGUGUAAAUGGAGUUGGUGAUACCUUUUUAGGAGUUUUAAUGGCUGGACUAAGCAAAGGAUUGAGUGUGGGGGAGAAACUCAUCGAAAUUGCACAGAGAGGAGCGAUACUGACGUUGAAGAGCAAUGAAGCUGUAAGUCCGAAGCUAAGUUGUCUAGCACAAGACUUGGAUAAAUUGAUUAUGAUGGAAUCUAACUAG